UCCAAAACUAUAAAAGUGAAACAAUGUAGGGAAACUCGAUUUCCGGAGCGGACGCUUUCACAAAUAGCGUUUAUACUUCACACUCCACGUGUUUACGAACAAAGAAAUGCACCUUUGCAUCUGAAACCAUGUUUUAUUGUCGAUUUCUGCUUUAUUUUUAUCUGCUGUAUUUCAGCGCGGCGUUUCGCUUAACAGCCGCGUCUGCACAUGGAAACGCCAAACCGCCAAACUAAUCUACAUUUAGUGAAGCGAAACGCAAUUAAAACCAGGCCCAGCGAUGCUCUCGGAGGGCUUGAACCCGGGGAUCCCGCUCCUGCAUUUCAGGUGCACACUCUGGACGGAGUGUUUGUUUACAGUCCUCGGAAUGAGUCGGGGCGCGCGCUCAUCGUGCACGCGUUCACCAAUAAAUCCGCUUUCCUCGAGUGUUUGUGGACGUGGAGCGAGUCUCUGUCGGACCUGCUGGAUUACCUGCCGUCCAGCACUGAAGUUUUAAUACUGUCCAUGGAUGAGACUGCUGAACAGGACGCUCUCUGGAUGAGGGAACAGGUGUACAGAGCCGCUACUCACAGAGGAAAGGAGAUAUUAUCCAGACUGCAUUUCUCCCCGACGCACGUGUACAAUCUUGGAAACUGGAUACCUAGAGUUUUGUACACAUGGGGAUGUGGAGGACAUAACUGCGGCCUCGCUCAGGUUGUUUUUUCCUCUCCAGUGCUGUACUAG